CGGCUACAGCUCCCGAGCGUGGGCCUGGAGGUCCCUAUUCCCUGCGCUAGCACAUCUAGCCCGCGGCUUUCGGGACUCUCAGCCUUCUUUUCCCUUCUCUCAGGGCCGGGCGGCACCGCAACCAGGCCAAAGGCAGUAACUUAGUUGAAAGGAGCGCCCUAAGACAGGUCAGAAGGCUCCGCCAUACGCGGCCCGCAGCCACAGGAGAAGUCCCCAAGCCGGGUACUGGGAGUUGGCGUCCCAGCCCAGCCAGGCAGCCAGCCAGCCAGGCUCGAGCGAAGGGCGUGGCCAGCGCGAAGCGCGCAGGCGCACACCGCCUCCCGGGCAGCAUGGCGGACGCAGAGCCUCAACCUAGCAAGAGAAAGCGCGAGCUGGACUUGGAGGAGGCACACGCCGCCAGCACCGAGGAAAAGAAGGCAGACGUUGGAAAUGGUACCUGUGCUCCUGUCCGCUUACCGUUCUCCGGCUUCAGACUGCAGAAAGUGCUGAGGGAGUCUGCGCGGGACAAAAUCAUUUUCCUACACGGAAAGGUGAAUGAAGCCUCUGGGGAUGGGGCUGGAGAGGAUGCCGUUGUGAUCCUGGAGAAGACGCCAUUUCAGGUGGAACAGGUGGCUCAGCUCCUGACAGGCAGCCCUGAGCUCCAGCUGCAGUUCUCCAACGAUAUCUACAGCACCUAUCACUUGUUCCCUCCAAGACAACUGAGUGAUGUCAAGACAACCGUGGUUUACCCCGCCACACAGAAACACCUCCAGAAGUACCUGCGCCAGGACCUCCGCCUGAUCCGAGAGACGGGAGAUAACUACAGGAACAUUACUUUACCCCACCUGGAGUCCCAGAGUCUCAGCAUCCAGUGGGUGUAUAACAUUCUCGACAAGAAGGCUGAAGCGGACCGGAUUGUUUUUGAGAACCCAGAUCCCUCUGACGGGUUUGUCCUCAUCCCUGACCUCAAGUGGAACCAACAGCAGCUUGAUGACCUCUACUUGAUUGCCAUCUGCCAUCGCCGGGGCAUCAGGUCCCUCCGCGACCUUACUCCAGAGCACCUGCCGCUCCUCAGGAACAUUCUCCACCAGGGGCAGGAAGUCAUCCUGCAGCGCUAUCAGAUGACAGGAGACCGUCUUCGAGUAUACCUGCACUACCUGCCCUCCUACUACCACCUGCACGUGCACUUCACCGCCCUGGGCUUCGAAGCCCCCGGCUCAGGCGUGGAGCGCGCCCACCUGCUGGCCGAGGUGAUCGAGAACCUGGAGUGUGACCCCAAGCACUACCAGCAGCGCACGCUCACCUUCGCCCUUAGGGCUGACGACCCUCUGCUCAAGCUCUUGCAGGAGGUUCGGCAAAGCUGAAUUAACUCGAGAAGAGCACAGAUGUGUGGGACUGGGGGAGGAGUGGGGACAAGAUUUUUUAUCUCCAAGUGAAUUUUCUAAAAAUGUGUUUUGUAUCGGCUUAUUCCUAGUAGUGAAUAAAGUAGUGGGCUCACUCAAUGUGGACAGCGUGGCCUGGGAGGCAGACAGAUGGUGAGGGAGAGUGGGUGGGCAGAACUGGUGGGAACGCCUUGAGAAAGGUGGAAAGGCUCCAGGUGGUUUCAACCAACGGGUGGGAGCUGACUUGCAUGAGUGCCAAGGGCCUUCUCAAGCUCCUGGGCUCACAGUCUAUGGUAGGGUCCUUGUCCCCACUCUGUGCCUUUCCUGUUUGCACUCCUUCCCGUUCUGCUCCUCCCCUUCUCCCCUCCUCCUUCCCCUACCAUCCAACUCUCCUUUGAGGAGUUCCCCAAAAAAACCAAACUUGACACCUUUCAGGAAAUUAUCUGUAGAGGUUUCUGAUGGCACUUCCUUCCAGCACUGAGGUCACACCUCCCUGUGAGUCAGUCAACCCUGAUGAUAAACUUCUUGUUGAUGAGGAUGGGGGGGGUGGUACUUGGAAGUGGGUGGGUUUUAAUAGGAAUCAGAUGAUGCAAGCCUGAAAAGCCUGCCUCUCUCUGUUAUUUGGUCAGCGAGUCCCCGGCCUUGAGUUUUUUAUCUCAGCAGGAAGACAAAACAGACUCAGUGGAGCAGCCAGAAGAUCAAGUGCAAAACAGUGAAUCAGCAAGGGCAAAGUGAUACAGUUGCAAUUGAAUGCAAAAGCCUGGAGGCGGCUAGGGUUCCAGGCGUAAUAGAGGCAGACUUUCAGAGGAUCUUGAGACCAGGAAGGGACCUCAAAGUGCCAGAGGCUGAUGACCAAUUAAGGAGCCAUUGGGGCUUAUCUGGGAAGGGUGACACCUGCAACCGCUCAAGCAGAGCAGGAACAUGGCUUGUAUGUGCAGGCUCACAAGUAAACGCAUAAGACUCUCCAGCACACAGGACCAAGGCAUUCUGCUGCCAGAGGGGCUGGCGUUGGCCACUUUGUCAGAGUAGGGCUGUGGAUUUUGUGCCUUGCUUGGGAAGCUCUCAGGUGUGGUAGAAUGGCAGGCUCUUAAGUGAAAGCAGGUGGGAAGCCUGAGGCACAGUGAGUGGUCCUUACUCUCCAUCCCUUGCCUGAGAACCAGGAAGCCUCAUUCAGAGUCUAGCCCCUUUACUUGCAGGUGGUGGUCCAGGUGCAGCCAACCUGCUUCAGGAUCUCAGGGUCUGCUGUGGACCACUGUGGCCCUGGGAAAGACCCUUAGAAACAGCAGGGGAGUGGAGGGUGUGGUCAGAAAGCCUCAGGGACCUGCUGCAGCCUUCAGGAAGUUCAGAUGAGACAACGAAGCGACUGGCCUCCACUCGGCCACUCUUCCCUGCAGCUCUUUUUUUUUGAGUCGGAGUCUCGCCCUGUUGCCCAGGCUGGAGUGCAGUGGUGCAACCUCAGCUCACUGCAACCUCCGCCUCCCAGAUUCAAGCUAUUCUCCUGCCUCAACCUCCUGAGUAGCUGGGACUACAGGUGUGUGCAGUCACGCCUGGCUAAUUUUUUAUAUUUUUAGUAGAGACGGGGUUUCAUUGUGUUAACCAGGAUGGUCUGGAUCUCCUGAUGUCAUGAUCCGCCCACCUCAGCCUCCCAAAGUGCUGGGAUUACAGGCAUGAGCCACGCGCCCAGCUUUUAUUUUUAUUUUUUUGAGACAGUCUCACUCUGUCACCCUGACUGGAGUUGCAUGCAGUGGCUUGAUCUUGGUUCACUGCAACCUCUGCCUCCUAGGUUCAAGAAAUUCUCCUGCCUCAGCCUCCCAAGUAGCUUGGACUACAGGUACAUGCCACCACGCCCUGCUAAUUUUUAUGUUUUUAGUAGAGAUGGGGUUUCACCAUGUUGGCCAGAAUGGUCUCCAACUCCUGGCCUCAGGUGAUCCACCCACCUCAGCCUCCCAAAGUGCUGGGAUUCCAGGUGUGAGCCACCGCGUUUGGCCCCCUGCACCAUUUCAAUAGUACCUGGGUUCAGGCGGUGUGCAGUUGCAGCCAAGGAACUUUGAGGUGGUGACCAAUGCAGGGAGGUCUGACAGCCAGCAACACAUCUGACCGACUCUUUCCCGGGCUAAGCAAAUACUUUUGUGGACAGUGACACUGGCAACUGCUGGGGUCUUGGAGUCAGGAGGCUGGAUGGAGGUCUUCUCCCAGAGCAGUGUCCAGCUUGCAGGAAUGCUCCCUGGGUCUCAGUUAUGCCCAUUCCAGGUCCAGGUGAAAGAAGUGACCCGCUUCCGGUCUAAAAGCAGAUGUGGUCCCGGCAAGCAAACACGGGCUCCAUCUCUAGCACCACAGCUGCCUCGGAGUGGAGGGACGCUUCCCUGUGCAGCAGCCCUUCCCUGCAGCCUCAGCGCAUGCUCUCCUGCCUAGCCCUCAACCGUGCUGCUAGAGGGCCUGGCUCCACAGGCUCCCACUGACCUUGCCAUUCCUUCCCCUCAUCCUGUAGUGCCUGACCCCUGGAGGAAGGUGCGUAGGAACUCGACACUGGAUGAAUAAAUGUUUGAGAGGCAGGAGAGAUGGAACAGAGUUCACGCAACAGGACCAAUGAGGCUGGGAGUCACAGCAGAGGGCAGGCACUCAGGUCUGGAGAGGCAGGGCAUGGAGACAGGGACCCACACUCAGGAAGGCUUCUCGACUCCCCCGAGGGGCUGGCCAGUUCUAUCUUCUUUCCACUCUGCAGUGAGGGGGCCCUCUGGGAUAGCAUCCCCUGAAUUCUCUCCCAGCCUCGUUUAUUUUCACCACAGUAUAGAAGGGGACUUCUCCCAAAGCCUCACCUCUUAAUUUUUCCUGUACAUGAAAAGACAAGCCCCUGCUAGGGGCCUGGCAAUGGUUUCCCGCCAGAGCCAGCUAGUGCUCUGCUGCUGUAAUCGCAAGAGAACCUGUCAGCCACUGCCCUCACGAAGGUCCCUCCCACUCUCCCUCAAUCCAGCCCUCUUUGGGCUUGUUAGCCUCAAGGGCUAGAGUGCACCAGGUUGGCUGCUCUGCCAAGUCCUGUUAAGACUCCAAAAGCAUAGACUUUUAUUUUAUUUUAUUUUUUUGAGAUGGAGUUUCACUCUUGUUGCCCAGGCUGAAGUGCAAUGGUACAAUCUCGGCUCACUGCAACUUCCAGCUCCCAGGUUCCAGUGAUUCUACUGUAUCAGCCUCCUGAGUAACUGGGAUUACAGGUGCCCGCCACUACGCCUGGCUAAUUUUUUUUUUUUAUCUUUUUAGUAGAGAUGGGGUUACCAUAUUGGCCAGGCUGGUCUCGAACUCUUGACCUUAGGUGAUCCGCCCACCUUCGCAUCCCAAAGUGCUGGGAUUACAGGCGUGAGUCACUGUGCCCGGCCAUCUCUGUCUUUAUAGGGUGACCUUUGUACAGACUUCUGGAUAACUCAACAUGGUAGCUUCGCAUAUAGUGCCUCCUUUUAUUCCUACCUGUGAGUUUGUCUGCUUUGUUUUAGUUAUCUCUGUAUCCCUGGCCCCUAGGAUACUACCUAGCUCAGCGAACCAAUCUUUCACAUAAAGCAAUGUUAUAACACUACAUUCAUAUAGCAGAUUGUUUCAUGGUCUGCAUUCUCGCUCCAUUUUACAAAGAAAUGGGCUCAGGAUGUCUUGUCCAGCAUUAUGGAGUUAAGUUAGUCAGCUCUAGGAAGCAGAGACUUCUGGCCCUUUGUUCACCACUUCCCCAGAACCUCGGGUGGUGACUCACCUAUAAGUGCUCCAUAAACGUGUAGCAAAUGGAGGACCAGAGCUAGGCUCUGAAUGAGGCCUCCUGGAUCUCAGGCAGAGGAUGGAGAGUAAGGCCACCCCCUCUGCCUCAUGCUUCCCUCCUGCUAUCACUUAAGAGCCCACCAUCCUUCCAUCCUGAGCAAGCCCUACCUUGACAAAAUGGCAAAUGCCAGUCCCUCAGGCAGCACCACGCCUUGUUCCUGUGCGCUGGAGAGAGUGCCUCAGAAGCAUGCCGUGCCCGGGCUCUGCUGGAGCAGUGCAGAUGUCACCCUUCCUAGAUAAAUCCUGGACGGCUCCACGACUGCUUUUAGCCCCAAUGCUUGGCCUACAUUCUUUCUGCCUCGGUUGGAAAAGGAAAGCAGCAGUUGGAGGCAUGACUGCUAUUGUUUCUUGGCUUCUCCCCGUUUGCCUCAAAGUUUCCUAAUAGAGCAAAAUUGCUGAGUGGUCUAUUUAUCAACAUGAAACAGAAAAAUACCAUCUCAGGCUCCACAUUACAUGUCCCUGUUGAAUACAGAUUCCCGAAUUGAGAAAUAAGAAACAAUUACAUACAAAGUAAUACUUGAACAUGUUUCUCUUGUAAUACUUCCAUAUCCAAAACAUUUGAAUAUAUUUAUUUUAUUGAUGUACAUCUGCCAACUCUUCCUUCUCAGAAAAGACUAUUUUUAUUCCAAACAUGUAUACAUACGGUUAAAAUGUACUUUUAAAAAUAAGAUGGUGAUAAUUACUGGUAGUUGUUAUUAAAGUAGCCUCGCUUAGCAAAAUAAAUGUUAGCAACCCUAAGUUUGUUCUAUUAUAAUAUUAUUGAAAUUACAUUGAAUUCUGAAAUCCAUGUCAACUUGAAGUUACCAAGUUUUAACCACUGUUAGAAAAUAAGCAGGAAUGGAAUCUGUUUCAAGUGUUUUAGUUUCAAUUCAAUUUAAUAAACAGGUUUUGAGCAUCUACACC